GACAAUAAUGAAUCAAGGACAUUGUGAAAUUCAUCCAGGGAGGUGAAAGCCUCCUGGUUUCACAUUACAAGUCACUGCUAGUGCAGGAAAAAUCAAAACCACUCUGCAGACAGGAUUGAAGAACCUUGAGACAACAUUAUCUGAAUUUGAUCUGAGUAUCAGCUGUGCAGGAUGAAUGGAAGCAUUCAGAGGCGUGUGGUGUCUAAAGAUGGCCACAACAACAUCCGUAUUGACAAUGUGGAUGGCAUGGUGAAGCUCUACCUGCAUGAUAUCUGGACAACAGUGGUGGACAUGAAGUGGCGCUACAAACUCUCCCUCUUUGUGUCUACCUUCCUCACAACCUGGUUUUUCUUUGGCCUGAUUUUCUACCUCAUCGCAAUGACAAAUAACGACCUUAACACUGAACAGGCAUUAAACCACACACCUUGUGUGAUAAAUGUGGCCACCUUAACUGGUGCAUACCUAUUCUCCUUAGAGUCACAGACUACCAUCGGUUAUGGUUUCCGACACAUCUCUGAGGAGUGCCCCCAUGCCAUCGUUACACUGGUGUUGCAACUGGUGCUCACAGGCCUGGCUGAGAUCUUUGUAACUGGAGCUUUUCUGGCCAAGCUGGCACGGCCAAAAAAGCGGGCUGAGACGGUCAAGUUUAGUCAGUUGGCAUUGAUUUCCAAGUACAAGGGCCAGGUGUGUGUGAUGGUGCGUGUGGCCAACAUGCGCAAGAGCCCACUGGUUCAGUGUCAACUCUCAGGCAAGCUGCUUUUUCCUAAUGUCACUGAGGAGGGUGAGAAGAUCCAGCUCCACCAGGAGUCUGUCAACUUCCAGUUCGACUCCAGUGAGCAGUGCCCUUUCCUUGUUCUGCCUCUUAUUUUCUACCAUGUGCUGGAUGAAAACAGUCCUCUGGCCAGCCUCACUGCUGAAAAUCUGAAGGUAAGAAACUUUGAACUGGUGGUCACCCUGAACGGCACUAUGGAGUCCACAGCUUCCACCUGCCAAAGCCGUACUUCCUAUGUUCCACAAGAGUUUCGCUGGGGCUAUGAGUUUAAGCCUCUGCUAUUUGGCACACACAAGGGCAAGUACGUUGCAGACUUUCACUAUUUUGAUGAGAUUCAGCUCAGCAACGACUUCUCGCUUCUACAGGACCCAAUAAAUGAGAAGCUCCUUCUUGAGCAUGAGUACCAUAAAGACUGAACAGAAGAACAGAACACUGAUGAAUAAGGGCAGAGGACAACAGUUAUAAGUGAUUGUGCUGUUCAAAAUAUUACCCUACUCAGACUAUUAAUUAAGAUGAUUAUUAAUAGAGACACAAAAGAAAGUCCUUUCCUUGUUUGUUAAUCAUUUUAGGAAUAGUAUAAAAAUUUCUCCAACAUAAACCCCAUCUUAGAGGUCAAUGGCUUGGCAAUAUGUUUAGCGAUACACCCUCUUUGUUGUACAGAUCAAAGUGGCUUCAAAGUUCACA